AUGAACCCUGCAGCGGACAUGAACCCUGCAGAGGACAUGAACCCUGCAGCGGACAUGAACCCUGCAGCGGACAUGAACCCUGCAGCGGACAUGAACCCUGCAGCGGACAUGAACCCUGCAGCGGACAUGAACCCUGCAGCGGACAUGAACCCUGCAGCGGACAUGAACCCUGCAGCGGACAUGAACCCUGCAGCGGACAUGAACCCUGCAGAGGACAUGAACCCUGCAGCGGACAUGAACCCUGCAGCGGACAUGAACCCUGCAGAGGACAUGAACCCUGCAGAGGACAUGAACCCUGCAGCGGACAUGAACCCUGCAGAGGACAUGAACCCUGCAGCGGACAUGAACCCUGCAGAGGACAUGAACCCUGCAGCGGACAUGAACCCUGCAGCGGACAUGAACCCUGCAGCGGACAUGAACCCUGCAGCGGACAUGAACCCUGCAGCGGACAUGAACCCUGCAGCGGACACACCGUUAUGUUUUUGUUCUGCCUCGUCUGUCGAGAGGCGGUGA